AUGGGAGCUCUAGACGCCGUAUCGUCCUUCCUGCCACCUCCAGAGAAGGAUUACUUCGACCAAAACCCACCCCCAGAGACUCUUGACUUUCACGGCAAGCUUGCAAAAGCGUUCAUCUCUCACCACCUCCAAUCCAACAGGGCUGUGGUGCUGGUGACCUCGGGCGGAACAACGGUGCCUCUUGAGAAUCAGACCGUGAGAUUCAUUGACAACUUCUCCGCUGGUACCCGUGGGGCCACAUCCGCAGAGUGUUUCCUAGAAGCUGGCUAUGCUGUUAUUUUCCUUCACCGGCAAUUCUCUCUACUGCCAUAUUCGAGGCAUUAUAGCCAUUCUACGAAUUGUUUCCUAGACUAUAUGGUAGAGGGGGAGAACAGCGAGGUCGUAGUGAAUCCAGAAUAUCAGAAAAAGAUGCUAGGCGUCUUGCGUGAAUACAACGCAGCGAGGCGGAACAACACUCUGCUGCUGAUCUCCUUUACGACAGUGACAGAGUAUCUAUGGGAGCUCAGAAAGAUUUCGAUGUCGAUGAGACCUCUGGGUCCGAAGGCGCUCUUUUACUUGGCCGCAGCAGUCUCAGAUUUCUUCCUACCAAGAGACCGGCUUUCCGAGCACAAAAUUCAGUCGUCGGAGACAAACAGAGCUGGUGGAGCGGCAGAACCAGGGUCAUCCGGCAAUGCAGAUACCUCCCAAGGGAAACAGCUCAUGAUUAACUUGGAUCCAGUCCCUAAAUUCUUGAAGAGCCUGGUCGACGGCUGGGCACCCGAGGGCAUGAUCAUCAGUUUCAAGCUUGAGACUGAUCCGUCUUUGCUGGUGUCCAAAGCUCAACAAGCGCUGGAGAAGUACUCCCAUCAUCUCGUCAUUGGCAAUCUCUUGUCGACGAGGAAAUUUGAGGUGGUCUUUGUUGCUCCCGGAAAAGAAGAGCGGUGGAUCAGAGUGCCCGUCCAUAGAAGGGUCAAAAGCGUCUCCGGAGUUAGACCCACCAUCGAUGCGGUGAACAAUGGAGAUAUGCCAGAACAAGAAUGGAUGAACGGGGAUUUAGAGCAGGAGAUUGAAUCACUCAUUGUACCUGAAGUCGCCAAAAUGCAUCGAUUAUUCACCCAGAUGUCGCAGCAGCACAAAGAAGAGGAUGAAGAUGAUCUAUUGGCAAAAGCACUCGCGUGGGCAGAGUUUGGCAACGCAGAUUGA